AAAGACCGGGCGGCGGGAUCCCACUGGACACCAGUGGCCGGCAGAAAGCAGCGGGUUUCAGGCGCCGGGGUCCGGGUGCGGGCUUGCCACCGGUUUGCUGCAGUGAGAUCCUCGUCUCCCGGCUGCAGGCUCCAGCGUACUGAAACUUCGUUUACCUGCCGCCCGCCCCUGCUCUUGCCCCGCCAGCCAAGAAGCAGCCUCCGUCGCCGGCCGCUGCCUCCGGCGGUGCGGGAAGUUGUCUCUGCCGGUGGCCGUCUAGCUUACCCAUGGCCUUGUCCGGCGAGAAGCGGCCUCCGCCGCCGGCCCCUGCCACCGGCGGGACAUGGAGGAAGCUUUUCCUAGCACUGUUUGUGUCCUUGUCGGCACUGUUGUACAUGCAGAUUCAGCCGCCACCGCCCAAGAUCCCCGGCUCGCCGGGCGGCCCUCCGGUCACGGCAACCAGAACGAGGCUCAGCGACGGCAGGUACCUGGCCUACCUGGAAUCCGGCGUCCCGAAGGAGGAGGCCAAUUACAAGAUCAUCUUUGUCCAUGGAUUCGACUCCUGCAGAUACGACGCGCUCCCGAUUUCCAGGGAGCUGGCACAGGAGCUCGGCAUCUACCUGCUGUCCUUCGACCGGCCCGGGUACGGCGAGAGCGACCCGCACCCGGCCCGGACGGAGAAGAGCAUCGCGCUCGACAUCGCGGAGCUCGCCGACAACCUGCAGCUGGACCCCAAGUUCUACCUCGCCGGCUUCUCCAUGGGCGGCGAGAUCAUGUGGAGCUGCCUCAAGCACAUCCCGCACAGGCUCUCCGGCGUGGCCAUCCUCGGCCCCGUCGGCAACUACUGGUGGCCCGGGUUGCCGGCGAACGUGUCGCGGGACGCCUGGUUCCAGCAGCUCCCGCAGGACCGGUGGGCGGUCUGGGUCGCCCACCACCUGCAGUGGCUGACCUACUGGUGGAACACCCAGAAGCUCUUCCCGGCCUCCAGCGUCAUCGCCUACAACCCCGCCCUCCUGUCCGAGGCGGACAAGCUGGUCAUCCAAAAGUUCGCCCACAGAACCUACAUGCCGCAGAUCCGGCAGCAGGGGGAGCACGAGUGCCUGCACCGGGACAUGAUGGUCGGGUUCGGGAGCUGGAGCUGGAGCCCGCUGCAGCUGGAGGACCCGUUCGCCGGCGGCGGGCGGCGGGGGAAGGUGCACCUGUGGCACGGCGCCGAGGACCUGAUCGUGCCGGUCAGCCUGUCGAGGUACAUCAGCGGGGAGCUGCCGUGGGUCGUGUACCACGAGCUCCCCACGUCGGGGCACCUCUUCCCGAUCGCCGACGGGAUGGCCGACGCCAUCGCCAGGUCCCUGCUGCUCGGGGACGACGACGGCGGCGGUCCGCAGCCGGCCUGAGUCGAUCGCCCGGGCGGGUUUCUCCAUGAGAUCCACGACCUGCUUAACCGGCUUGCUCUUGCUAUCAUCCCGCUCACGUGCGCUGAAUAAUCUCUCGAUGUAAGAACUUUGGUGAGACACUAGAACAACAUGUGUUUUUCUGGUCUCGUUGCA